GCCAAAUAGCCGAAAAGAUGCCAGAAGGUUGGGCCACUGGAAAAUCUGACAGCGGUUGGAUGACAGGCAAGCUGUUUUAUGAAUACAUUGCUAAUGUGUUCUACAAAUGGCUACUCAAGAGAAACAUAGAAUUCCCUGUGGUUCUGUACCUUGAUGGGCAUUCUUCACACUUGACAAUGGAAUUGUCCGACUUUUGCAAGGAAAAGCAAAUUGAAAUAAUUUGUCUUCCUCCGAAUGCCACUCACCUCGUCCAACCACUCGACACAGCAUUCUUUCAUCCAUUGAAAGGGAUGUUUAAACGCUGUGUUACAGAUUGGCGUCUGAGAAAUCAAGGGCAGGUAAUGAAGUCGCCGGAGUUUGGUAACGUUCUAGCAAGAGCUGUUAGCAUGCUCGAUGUCAAGAAGAUAGCUACCAACGGUUUCAGGGGAUGUGGGUUGGUUCCAUUUGAUUGCACAGCACUUAAUCAAGAUAAAAUAUUGAACAACUCUAAGAGUGCAAAUCAAAUCAUCACUUCAGGACUGGACUUCAAUCUCUUUGUGGCUGUGCUGGAAAGACGUCUUUCACCUCUUGUUCAACAGAAAUUUUUUGAAGACAGAGAAAAAUCAGAAUGGACAGGAGAUGUUGAGUACGCACAGCACUUUUAUUUCUGGCAAUACCUAAAAAAUCAGGUUGAGAUUGGGACCAUUCCAAACAUCCCAAAUAUUAGUGGCUUUGACGAAAGAUGUGAAGGCAAUCUGGACCCUCCUGAUUCUAUUAUGGGUACUGCAGGAGAGCAAAACUUUGAAAUCUUCCUACAAGAGCACCAUGAAAUUCAGACCCAGGAUGAUUCUGACUUUGUCUCCGGAGUUUCUCAUUUUGAAAUUGAACCCACUGAAAAUGGGCAAAUAGUUUCCUAGGCGCCAGGCAGCUUUGAGAAUAACACAGAAUCCAGCACAAUAAGUACAUCAAUAAGUCACACAGAUGAACCAAAAAAUGCAAAAGAUAUACUUAAAGAGUACUUCUUUUGUCCUGAAGAAAUUUCUCCAAAAGUUAAAGAGACAUCUUCUGUCAUUCCCAUCAACAUAGUGACAUCUGAGGAGUGGAGAAUAAUAAAAAAAGAAAAGCUUGAAGCAAAAAAACAACUGGAAGAACAAAAGAAAGCUAAUAAACAGGCAAGAGAGC